AUGCGCGGUUCGUUGGUUAGGAGGGCUGCCUACGAGGUGUUUGACCGAGCCCACAAGGUUCUGCAGAGGCAGCGGGCUUUGAAAGAUCUUGCUGCGAGUCGGCAGGUCGACUAUUUGCGGGAUGAAGUUGCGAAUCGCACGAUUGAGCGGUUGGCCUUUGUGACAAAAAAGUUCGACAAAGUGGUCGAUCUGGGCUCCGGUGCGGGAUCGCUGGAAAAGGCUAUUUGCAGUGGAACCGAGGACGGGAAUAUCGUCAAGAGUCGGUUAGGAGAAAUCACCAUGGUCGAUAGCUGUAAGGAGCUGCUGUACAGGGACGCAGACCUGCCGUUCAAUAGGGAAAUGAACAUUAAACGGCUCGUGGCUGAUGAGGAAACGUUUUGGCCGGGCGAGUCUCAGGUUGACGCAGUCAUCUCGUCCAUGUCGUUGCAUUGGAUCAACGAUUUGCCCGGGGUGCUUAAACGGGUCGAGAACAUGCUGAAGCCGGAUGGCAUGUUCAUGGCCAACAUGGUUGGCGGCGACAGUCUCUACGAGCUGAGAACCUCUCUACAGCUCGCCGAACAAGAACGGUACGGUCGGAUUUCGCCCAGACUCAGUCCGUUGGCCGAUGUCAAGGAUAUGGGUGGACUAAUGCAGCAGGCCAAGUACAAGCUCUUGACUAUUGACGUGGACGACAUUAUUGUCAAUUAUCCGGACAUGUUUGCACUGAUGGACGACCUGAAAGCAAUGGGAGAAAACAACGCCAUCAAGGUGCGGCCGUGGACUAUUCCCCGCGAUCUUUUGCAAGCAGCCAACUCCAUUUACACCCACAUGCAUGGCGACGAAGAUGGAUCAGUGCCGGCCACUUUCCGGGUUAUCUACAUGAUUGGUUGGAAAUACUCCGAGGAUCAGCCAAAACCUCUGGAACGGGGAACUGCAGACGUUAGCUUUAAGGACAUUUUGCCCCAGAUGGGUGAAGACGGUAAAUAG